AUGUACAUAUGCGCCGGUCGAGGCCAAGAAUCUGUCUACGCUGGGCUCGGUUUGCUCGAGCGCCUUCUCGCUCUCUGGAUCUUGCUUGCCAUUGUCGUCGGCAUUCUCCUAGGGAACUUUGUUGUCGGUGUCGGACCAGCGUCGCAGCGGGGAAAAUUCGUUGAUGUCUCUGUUCCCAUAGGUGAGCAAGACAGAACAACCUUCCGUAGGGCGAGCGAACCUGACCCAGCAUCCAGCUAUUGGCCUGUUAGUGAUGAUGUAUCCUAUCUUGUGCAAGAUAAAGUCUUGAUCUGGACCGGUCUGGCUGGUGGCGAUGAGGAAUACUGUGCCAUAUUGGUCGCCGUGAAUUCCAUACUUCAAAUGGUGCUUUGUGCGCCUCUCGCAGUCCUCUUAGUCAACGUCAUCAGCCAAGGAGCAAGGAGGUCAGCCUCGUAUACGGUCGUUGCGCGUAGUGUUGGGGGUUUUCUUGGGAUACCUCUGGGUGCCGCGAUCGCAACUCGAUUUGCGCUCCGCGCCAUCAACGACAAGUGGUACGAUCAGAAAUUCAUCAAGUGGAUCGCAUCUUGGUCGCUCAUCGGACUCCUUCACACUAUCCUGGUGAUGUUUGCAUCCCAGGGUAAGCAGGUUGUCUAUCAAAUCGUCUCGGUUGUCCGCGUCGCCGCACCACUGAUCAUCUAUUUUGUGGUCGUCUUUUUCCUCACCCUGUGGAUCACGGAACAAUUGGGAUUCGGAUACAGGUUAGCGGCCACGCAGAGCUUCACAGCGGCCAGCAAUAAUUUUGAACUGGCGAUUGCGGUCGCCGUGGCUACGACGGUGGGUCCCUUAAUUGAAGUUCCUGUUCUGAUUGCGCUGGUCUACUUUGUCAGGUGGAUUGCACCGCGAUGGGGGUGGAGAGAUUAG